ACUCCGUCCGGUUAUCUAACGUACAUACAUUUUUUUUGAACCAACGCACUCCUGUUAAUCAUUUUCUUUUUACUCCACAGGUGCAGUAUGUACCUUUUACAUGAACACUGACAUAAUUCCUAACAUUUAUUGCCUGCAGUUGCUCUGUCUCAAGACGUUUCGAUUUGAGGGAAGGAUUCCACAGUGAUAAAACUGCACACUAAUUACUCCACAGUUGUAUAACUGUGCUCUUACAGUUCUGUGUUGCUGCACUAUGCAGUACUACAGUUACAUUCUGUUCCACAUAGCUAUGACUACAUUUGUAGUUCUACAUAAUUUCACAGUACUACAGUUACAUUCUGCCCCACUGAGCUAUAACUACAUUUGUAGUUCUACAUAAUUUCACAGUACUACAGUUACAUUCUGUUCCACAUAGCUAUAACUACACUCGUAGUCAUACAUAAUUUCACAGUACUACAGUUACAUUCUGUUCCACAUAGCUAUAACUACACUCAUAGUCAUAUAUAGUUUCACAGUACUAUAGCUUCGUACAACUGCAGAUUUCACAGAAAUUCACAGUGCCGAGAACCUGCAAUGUUUUUGUGCAUUGCCUCUGGAACUCUGCAGUGCUGGAACUCCCAACACCACUGUAAUUCCACAGUCCCACUGUCACUCAGCCAAACAGGUGUGAGCGGAUCAAUACUUGGGACUGGAGGCGCUGAAGUUUUACUUCCAAAUAGAGGGUUUCUGUGAAAGUGAGAGGAAUGUGUGCAUGUGUGCCUUUGAUAGUGCAUGUGCAUCUGUGAUCGUGCAUGUGCAUCUGUGAUAGUGCAUGUGUGUCUGUGAUAGUGCAUCUGUACAUCUGUGACAGUGCAUGUGCGUCUGUGAUAGUGCAUGUGUGUGGAACACGCUACUGGGUCAUUUGAGAAUCGCACCACAUUCCUCACAUUGCACGUGUUACAUGGAAUGUGACAUACACAGUGGCACAGAAAAAAAGACUUUGUAUAUAUAUAUAUAUACAAUUUUUUCAGCAAACCCAUAGUAGAUAAUUCAUGAAAUGAUUUAUAAUCGUGAUAUAUACAUUGAAGUGUCUUGCAAUGUAAAAAUGACUACCGGUACUUACAAGCUUUGAAUUCUGAAACUCCAGGAGAGGGACUGACAGAACCAGGACUAUAAGAAGCGCACCGGGACGAUGGCUUAUAUAUGCCGAGCAUGUACAACCAUACCCAUGUCCCUGGGUUUCGUUUUGUUUUUCCACAGCGGAGACCCCCAGGUGCCCGCCCUCUGUGCCCCCGCUGCGGUGCGCUCCGAUAGUGGGGAGCCGAGCUGUGACUCUCCCUCUCUCUCCCCAGGAGAUAUGACCGAGGACUGGAACGCCUGUCCCCCCGGCACCCCGGAGCUGCGGCUGAUCCUCCUGGGCUCCAUCGGCUGCGGUAAGACCCUGUCUGGGGACACCCUCCUGGGGCAGCACGCCAUGGCCUCCGGCUCCAGGAGCCCCAGGACCUGCCAGCUGAGGCAGGGCGUGUCGGAGGGGCGGAAGCUGUCCCUGGUGGAGGCCCCGCGCUGGUACUGGAGCGGGGGCCAGCUGGAGUCCAGCGUCAAGGAGGAGACCAAGCGGGCGCUCUCCCUGUGCGAGCCGGGGCCCCACGCGUUCCUCGUGCUCGUCCCCGUGGGCGAGUUCACGGACGUGGAGCGGCGCGUGCCCGGCGAGCUGGAGAACAUGUUCGGGCCCGGGGCCCUGCGGCACGCCCUGGUGCUGUUCACCUGCGGGGACUACCUGUCGGGCAGGACGGCCGAGGACUACCUGGCAGGGGAGGACCCCGGGCUUCGGGAGGUGGUGGAGCGGUGCGGGGGCAGGUACCACGUCUUCAACAACCGCCGGCCUCAGGACAGACCGCAGGUUCGGGCGCUGCUGGACAAGCUGGAGCGCAUGGCGCAGGAGAACGGGGGCUGUUACGUCUCCGGUGGGCCGAGGAGACGCGUGGAGGACCGAGCGAUCGGCGCAGGGAAGCAGGAAAGGACGUUUCUCGCAGAGAGCGAGGCGCAGCCGGAGGAGACCGUUAAACUGAGACACGUGGGCAACGGGCUCCAGGCACAGCUACCCCAGAAGCUGCCCCAGCAACUACCCCAGCAGCUACGCCAGGAGCUGCCCCAGCAACUACCCCAGCAGCUACGCCAGGAGCUGCCCCAGCAACUACCCCAGCAGCUACGCCAGGAGCUGCACCAGCAACUACCCCAGCAGCUACGCCAGGAGCUGCCCCAGCAACUACCCCAGCAGCUACGCCAGGAGCUGCACCAGCAACUACCCCAGCAGCUACGCCAGGAGCUGCCCCAGCAACUACCCCAGCAGCUACGCCAGGAGCUGCCCCAGCAACUACCCCAGCAGCUACCCCAGGAGCUACCCGCACCGCAACAAGCCUCGCAGCCUGGGACACUGGAAGAGACUGACGGCUCACCCCUGCGGAGGAGCUCCAGCUUCCGGCUGACUGAGGAGGGCGCUCUUCUCUCUCAGAUGACAGAGAUGAAACUCAGCCAGAACUUUGUCAACACCUGCCACCACCAGAUCUCCCCCCCUGAAAGCCCUGUCUCUCCCUCUCCCUCCUCUCCUUCAUUUCCCUCCUCUUCCUCACAGUCCUCGCAGCUGAGGCUGGUGCUGCUAGGCCGGACAGGGGCGGGGAAGAGCGCGGCGGGUAACGCGAUCCUGGGCAGGGAGGCCUUUGUGUCCCGGGGCAACGGCGCGGUCGCUGUCACUCAGGCCUGUGAGAAGAAGAAGGGAACCGCUGCCGGGCAACGGGUGGCUGUGGUGGACACGCCGGACUGGUUCUGCUCAGAGCUCCCCCCGGAGGACGUUCGGCGCCAGGUCUCCAACUGCGUGGCCCUCUCGGCCCCGGGGCCCCACGCCUUCCUCCUGUGCGUCCCGGUGGACCAGCCGGCCAAGAUGGAGCUGGAGGCGCUGGGGGCGCUGGAGGCGGUGUUCGGGCGGGACGCGGUGCGGCGGCACACCCUGGUGCUGUUCACCCACGGCGACCGCCUGCCGGAGGGCGGGGCCGUGGAGGACUACAUCAUCACGCAGCGCAAGGACCUGCUCCAGCUGGUGGAGUGGUGCGGCGACCGCUACCACGUCCUGGAGAGGGGGGGGGGCGGCGGCGGCGACGGCGACGGCGCGGGGGGGCGGGAGGCCAACGUGGCCGAGCUGCUGGAGAAGGUGGAGCAAGCGGUGAGGGAGAACGGGGACUCCUACUACAGCUGCUCCCUGUUCCAGGAGGCGGAGUGCAGGGUGAGACAGAGGCAGGAGGAGAUCCUGAGGGAGAGGAGAGAAAGAGAGCCGGAAAGGGGAGGCGCGGAGCGCGCACAAGUGCAGGCGCGGGAGACGGAGAGGUGUUUCACCUCCUCCUCCACGCUGUACUCCGUGCAGGAGAUGGAGGAGGAGGAGUUGCAGGAUCAGGCCAGGGAGGAGGCGGAGAAUAGCGUGCGCGACCUCAAUGUGGGCACUCUGUCCUCUCUCUCUUCCUCUUCCUCUUCCUCCCCCACCUCCUCCACCUCCCCGUCGUUCUUUCUCUCAGCUUGGGAUAAAGUGGCCACGGGGGCGAGGAGAGUCCCGAAACUUGUUGCGGGAGGUGCUCUGCUGGGUGGGGUGGUUGGGGUAUUUUUUGGGGGACCCCUGGGGGGUGUAGUCGGGGCGACUGCUGGCUCAGUGGCCACAGAAGUGGGGCGACGGAAGUACAGUCAGAAAAAUAAAACUGAGUAAGAGAUCGCUACCUGGGGUGACAUAGCUUAG